AAAGAACUUUUCUCCAUCUCCAUCUCUCUCUCUCUCACUUUCACAAACACAUCAUAUUCACUUCGUAUCAUCACAUUUAUAUUUCAUUUUUGUUGGCCAAAAUUUUUUUUUUUAUUUUCUAUCCAGUUUGUUCCAAAAGAAAAACAAUUUGUGUGUGUUUGUGUGUGAAAAUCAAUCAAUCACAACUUUUCAAACAUUUUUUGAAUCAACGAUCGACAAUAAUUAAUUAAUUAAUUCAUUCAUAAAGAGAAAAAAUGGCUCCACCAUGUUAUUCUGAUCUUGGAAAACAAGCACGAGAUAUUUUCUCGAAAAAUUAUCAUUUUGGCCUGGUAAAAUUGGAUGUGAAAACCAAAACACAGAAUAAUGUUGAAUUUGCCGUUAAUGGUGUAUCGGUUAAUGAUACUGGCCGUGUGAAUGCUACGUUGGAAACCAAGUACUUUUUCAAAGAUUGGAAUUGUACCCUUAAAGAAAAAUGGACAACCGACAAUACCAUACUUACUGAAUUACAAUUUGAUGAUCAAUUUAUUAAAGGAUCAAAAUUGUUAUUCAAUGGUAAUAUUGCUCCACAAUCUGGUAAAAAAUCCGGUGCCAUCAAAACAGCAUUGAAAGGUGAUUGUUUUCAUGCUAAUGCUGAUUUUGAUUUUGAUUCACUUAACAAUGGUACUAUUGUACAUGGUUCAUUGGUACUUGGCCAAGCUGGAUGGCUUGCUGGUGCACAAUUAUCAUUCAAUCCACAACAAGGAAAAUUGAAUAAAACCAAUUUUGCUAUCGGUUAUUUGGACAAGGACUUUCAAGUUCAUACUAAUGUAACGGAUGGUAAAGAAUUUUCCGGUUCAUUGUAUCAAAAAAUUGCCCAUAAUUUGGAAAGUGCCAUCACUAUUUCAUGUGCAUCUGCCGAUAAUACACCCAAUUUUAAUAUUGGCUGUCUGUAUCGUAUGGAUGAAGAUACACAGAUUAAGGCACGUGUAAACACCAAGAGCAACAUUGGAUUGGCAUUGAUUCGUCGUCUACGACCAGGAAUUACAUUCACAUUGAAUGCUUUGAUUGAUGGUAAAAAUUUCAAUCAAGGUGGCCAUAAAAUGGGUAUGGGUAUCGAUUUGAGUGCUUAAAAAUAUGUUGAUCAAUAAGAAAAAAUGUCGCCCCAAUUGGAAUGGAUAUGGAAAAAAAUAAGAAGCCACCGCCACACCCACAUACACAUACAUAUUUACGCCUACAUAGGAUUAUUAUUUUUUUCAGCUCCUUAUUUUCUCUAGAUAUUCAUUAGUUUUUUUUUUUUUUUUUCUAUUUAAAAAAAUCAUAUCUUCGUAAUUAGCGAAAAUUCUUUAUACUGCAGCCAAUGUACUACAUACACAAACACACACACACACACAAAGAGAAUUUAAAUUUAAAAAAUAAAAAGACUUGAUUUAUUUUAAAAAUAA